AUGGUUUCUGUUUUCGUGCAGAUUGGCAAGUUGAGCCACAGUGUCGUAGAGAACACGGUGGCUACGGUGCCCAGCGAUGCUGAAACCGUUGAACGGAGCAGUUCCCCAGAAUCCUUGUCCCCUCGCUCCAGUGCAACGACUGAGCCAGUGCACGAGGAAGGUGAGGAGACAUGCUCUUGCCACGUUGUGGUGAGGAGUACCUUCAUUGACUUUGACGAUGAAAGCAUGGCUCUUUGUUACAGGAAGCUCCGGCGGGUCAUGACAGAUAGCGUUCUGGCAGGAGUCUUGGUGGCACCGGAAGUGUACGAGCCGGGCAAGUUCAGCGACCAGCAAGAGGAACAUGAAGCUCGAAGCCGCACUGCUGCCGAAGAGGCAACGCAGAAAACUCAAGGCAAGGUUGUGGUUGAGCCUAAGAGCAAACCCAGAGAUGCCCGGCAAGACGUCCCCAGGCAAAGUGCGACAACCGAGAGGACCACCGUGAUGCUGCGCAAUUUGCCCAACAACUACACUCGCGAGAUGCUUCUGACUUUGCUUGAUGAGCAAGGUCUAGCAGGGCGCUAUGACUUUGUGUACCUGCCCUGCGACUUCCACCGUGCGGCAAACCUUGGCUAUGCCUUUGUGAACAUGGUAGACAGUGUUGCAGUGGAUGCUGUGUGGAAGGCGCUGGAUGGGUUCUCCGAAUGGUCGAUGCCAACGAGCAAGGUCUGCCAAGUGAGCUGGAGUGGUCCCCACCAAGGAUUCAAGUCUCACGUGGAUCGGUACCGAAACAGCCCCGUCAUGCACAAGAGUGUUCCUGAGGAGUACAAGCCUGUGAUUUUCAAGGAUGGUCGCCGCAAAGCCUUCCCUCGGCCGACCAAGAAGGUCAAAGCGCCUUCGGGUGUGUGCAAGUGA